GAUUAGGAACGUGCUACCUUGUGCUAUGCGCGCCUCUUAGUGCGAGGCUCCAGCUAUGUCGGGUGGCGAUUUCCACUUGCUUGCUUUGCCUGUAGAGCUACAGCUCAGAUGCCUCUCAUUUGCCAGCCUGCGCGAUAUCUGCAGCGCCUGUUCUUGUUGCUUCGCGCUUCGCGCAGUGCGCAGCAGCGCGCUGGCUUCCCACAUAACGGCUGCAUAUCCUUGUUAUGAGCCUGCAAUAUCGCGGGGCUUGGACUCGACUAUGGGUCGGGCCCAGCCCCAGUGCGGCGCCAUCUUAGCGCCAUCGAUGACGCCGACGUCGAUUUCGACUUCCCGCGAGGAGGCUUGGUGCGCGGCGUCAACUUCUUUCAGAUAUCACACCGCGCAGAUACACACGCUGCGUUUGUGGGAGGCCGCGCUUGUGCACGCCACAGUGCCGGUGUUUCCUCCGCCUCGCACCUGCGCCACCCGCGGCCCGGCCGCCCCGGUGAUGCAACCUCGACACCGGGCCAUCUUGGUCGAGUGGCUAGUGGAGCUGUCGCUGGUGUGGGGCCUGCCGGCGGCGGCGCCCUUCCGCGCGGUGCGCUACCUCGACACCUUCCUGGCCGCUGUGCCGCUGGACACGCUGAGGCUGCUGCAACUGGUGGGGGUGGUGUGUUUGCGGGUGGCCAUGCGGCAGGCCGCGCAGGAGGAGCAGCAGGCCGCGGCGGCGUUGGCUGCACAGGCGGUGGCGACAGCGCUGACAGGGGCCGCCCACGCCGCUGCAGCUGCAGCGGCCGCGCCGCCUGCCGCUGCCCAGGCCAAUGCGACGGCGCUCAGGACGGCAGCGGCGCCGCCGCCGGCUGAGGCGGCGGCGCCCGCGCCCGAGGCGGAGGCGGCCGAGGCGGCGACGGAGGCGGAGGAUGACCCGCUUGGUGCUGCGCGGUUCGCGGACAUUUGCGCCGGCGCCUACAGCUGCGGGCAGGUGGAGCAAAUGACCACCUGUGUGGCAGCCGCACUGACGCAGGAGAUGAUGGCGGCGCCAACCGCCUGGCAGUUGGUCGAGGACAUGAUCCGCCAGGCGACGGCGGCGGUUGGUGCCGAAGCCACGGCAGCGGCGGUCGAGGCGGCGGCGGUGGCGGCGGCGGUGGCUUCGCCCCCGCUGCCAAGAGCGACCGCUGUCGAGCUAUCGCCGCCGCCACUUGCGCAGUCGCCCCCUGUGCUGACGGCGGCGAGGGCGGUGGCAGGCGCCGCCGCCGCCACGCCCGCUCCUGACGCGAACUCCGUCUCGGCGGCGGCCGCGAUGAGCGCGGCGGCGCCAGGCGCCGGCUUCGGCAGUGGGUUUCCAUCUAUCGAUUGCAGCCGCACCCAUGCUGCCGCCGCCGCCGCCACUACCACUGCCGGCAGUUCUGCCGCCGCCGCCGCCGCCGCCUCGCCGCGCUCCGACAGCGGCGAGUGGCCCAAGCUGCCAGCGGCGGGCGGUGCGGCGGGGCUGGCGACGGCAAUGCCUGCGGCCCCGGCGCCUGCGGCGCUGGCUUCUGUGGUGGCGGCGGCCGGCGGCGGCUUUGGCGGCGUUAUGCCAGCGGGCGCUGAGCGAGGUGCCCGCGGCGGCGGCACCUGCGCCACCGUGGCGGCAGUGGCGGGCGGGGCCCUGCCGCGAUGGGCGGUGCAGCCAGUGACGGAGCUCAGUCGCUUCCUGCUGCACCUGUCGCUCAUGUGCCCCAUCUGCUGCGCCGCGCCGCCCGGCCACGUGGCGGCGGCGGCGCUGGCGGCGGCGCUGGAGGCCCUCGGCCUGCCGCAUUGGCCGCAGCCGCUAGCCCACUGCGUGCCGCUAACGCUGCUGCCGCCGGCGCCGACUCCGGGCGCCGCCGCCGCUGCCGCCGCCGCUGGCGCCGGCGCAUCAGGUAGCAAUGCGACUGGUGCUACUGACGCCGUUAGUGGUGGCGGUGGCGGUGGCGGUGGUGUUGGCGGCUCGCCGCGUGCUGGGGGAGCCUGGAGCUGCCGCCUCCGCCACCGAACCGCCGCCGCCGCGCCCGCUGCGCCGCACCUGGCCGCACACGCGCCCGCAGCCGCCGCGGCCGCGGCGCGACACGGCUCCCCACACAACCCACAGCAGCAGCAGCCAGGCUCCAACACGAACACCAAGCGGACUUCCAGCGAUACCCUGCAGGCUCAGGUGCCGGCACGGCCGCAGCUCCCGGCCGGCCUGACCCCGGAGGAGGACGUGGCCCGGCUGGCGGGGCUGCUGGUGGCGGCGGCGGCGGAGGCGGCGGCGCCCAACCUGAGGCGCGAGUGGCUGCGUGCGGUGGGGCGCCUGGGCUGGGAGCACGAGCAGGAGCAGGCCGCAGCGGAGCGGGCAGCGGAGCCAGGCCCCGCCGCGGCUCCGGUGGCGGCGACGGAGGCGGCGGAGGCGGUUGCAACGGCGGCGGCGGCGCAACCUCCAGUUAGCAAGCCCACUGCUGAGGCCGCUGCUACUCGGGGCGGUGGUGAAGGUGCGGGUAGCAGCAGUGGCAGCAGCGCCGCCGCGGCCACCGCCAGCCCGCCAGCCGCUUCAAGCGCCGCGGCUUCCUCUGUUGCUGCCGCGACUGCUACUGCCGCUACAGCCUCGGCCGUGGGUACCUCUACAGCUGCAGCCGGGGCUGUGGCUGUAGCCGCUGCACCCACCACGGCAGUAGCCACUGGCGCCGUGUCGCUGCCGGCUGCCGCCGCUGGCUCUGCGGCGGCGCCUGUGAGAGACAGGGUUCGCGACAUGUGGCGUGUGUUAAAGACAGCAGUGCGACACGAAGGCGGCGGCGGCGUUGCCUCGCUGCCCGCCAGCCUCGCCGCUCUGCAUUCCGCGGCAGCUGUCGCCGCCGCAGCUGCUGCUGCGACUGUGGUGCGCGCGGGGACUCCUGUGCCAUGAGGCAAGGGGCUUGACCGCUUUGCAACAGCUACAAGGCAAACACCGAGGUGCAACCUUCAUGCAUGUAUGCUAUUGGGGCAAAUCAUCUUUCUUAAUUGUGGGAUACGUGCAAACAUGUUGGGCUCCAGAUUAUCAAUGCGAAACUAAAUUGUAAUUGUCGUGCGCUGUUGUGGCCUUGUGGGACUGGCUCGAAUGACAUAUUUAUCGCGGGGGGGGAGUUGCAGCGGCACCCCAGCAGGCGCUGAGGGGCGGGUGGCUUCCCCGCCGGCGACAGCAGGCAGGCAGCUGCACGAGGCAGCUUGCCGGGGCCUCGUUCUCGGCGCGGCUGCUUUGACGCACGUGUGGUGCACAUGGCAUACGGUACACAAGACGGCGGGUUAUGCAUGUAUGCACGCGGUUCGAUGGGGCGUUUGUAUGUUGGGUCGGUAUCCUAUCCGGUGUGUUUGUGUAGGUGUGUGUAUGUCUGUGUUUAAAGAGCACAAGGAAAGCAUUGCGUGUGUGUGUUUCGGAAGCACAAGGGGGUCCUGAUUGUGUGCAGCGUGCACAAAUAUGUGCGUGCGCUUGGUAACAGGGGAAGGCGGUCGACACGUGCUUACGGGGAAUGCGCGCGCACGCAGCGUAAUCAGCCUGUUGCGGCGUGGCGCACCGGCCUACUGUGAGGGCAAGAUGAAUGACGGCGACGUGUAUGCCGGCAGUGUCGUGCCACACAGCACACACGUGUUUGGUGUGAAUGUGUAUGUGUGUACCUCACUCGUAUGUGACCCGUACGUGACUCGUAUGUGACCCGUACCUUAUGUCCUUUUUGUCAUCCUAGUGCUGCAUGGUGCAAGUUGUGUGGGGCGCACUGCAGCAGUACCUAUCGCCAACUCCGUCACGGGGCUGUCCGCUGACGCACGCGCCUGGGAGGUGAGGUGGUCAUAGUUUUGCAACCUUUGGCCUCAGAGGGUAGGCGUGGUGGUGAAUCAGACCACGAAUUCCCGCCGGGUGGGGGCCCACCUCUCAUGUUGUUGGGCGCUUGUCAACGAGCACUCCGUGUUUUUUAUCCUGGCUGGCUCGAGGCUGGGUUGUGGACGCGCAUCGGCGCAAGGCGCAUUAGUAGGCGAGAGAGGCAGGCCUCUGCCGGCAGGUGGCUGACGUAGAAUGGAUAGACAAUGAAUCAUCAGCCCUUGUGACCAGGGGAGAGAGGUAGAGAGCAAUGAAGCACACGUGCAUAAGCACACAGGCCACACAGGUGGUGAGCUAGGCAUGUGGGUGCAUGCGCGAAGGGGAGCACGGCUGUGCGCUGGCGUCAGUGACGAGGGAUGCCAAUGCCGGUGUUGUCUCAGUGCGUGCACAUCCUUGGUGCAAAGGCUUCAGACAAUGGGGGUGCGGAUUUGUGGCCAAAUCUAAUUCCAUAUCCACACAUAAGAAGAAGUGAGGGCAAGGCAUUUAUUACAUGAGUACCCUCAAGUACGUACUGUGGGAUUAUCUGUUGUUGCGGCGCAGCCAGUGGAGGGGCUGUGCAGGGGCGGUGCGGGCCCAGCAGUGUCAGCGGGGCCAUGGGGCAGGGUGCGACCCCCCGCGGCGGCAUGCUAUGGUGGGGAGGCGGCGGCAGUGGCGCCGCUGCUGCCCGGGGGCCUAGGUGGCCCUGGGGACCCAGCCGGAGGGCGCCCAGCCAGCGAGAGGGCCCAGUCAGGCCCCAGGCCCUUGGAAGCGAUGUGCGGGCCUGUCGCCUUCGUUUUGUGUGCUUUUGUGGGUGUGUGGCACGGGCUGCAGUGAGUUGGCAACGCGCCGUUGAAUGUACUAGCAGUGGUGUGGUCCUGCAAGGGCGUGCAUGGACAAGAACCUAGCGGUGUGUGUGUGGGGGGGGGGGGGUGCCGCGGCUGCUGCUGCGGGUCUGGGCGUUCUAUGCUGCCCCCAGCCGGCCAGCCGCGCGCAAACAUGUGUGUUGCAGCGAGAAGGGCAGAGCAGGGCAGUGGCAGAUGCGGGGACCAAGGGCAGGCGCGGGACCGCAUAGGAGCGGAGUGCAUUGGUGCAUGGGAAAGCGCGUUGUUGGGGAUUACGCGACUGCUGGGCAUCGCGCGGGCGGUCCUGUAGCAGCCGACUCGCGCGUGUAGUCAUGCAACGGCAUGGACGGUGAGGACGUAUGUGGAUGUAGGCCGUGUAGCGAGGUGCAGCAUAGGCAUCUCUGCAAAACAGGAACCGCGACUUGGAUAAGUGUACUAGUACACUUGUCACGUCUAGAGCAGUUUCGUUGAGAGCAGGGGUCCGCCAGGUAGGUUUGGUUGGAGCAGGUCCUGGGCAAUGGGGUGGGCGCGGACAGAGGCGCCUGAGAGGCAGGAUAUGACGCUGAUUCGCUGAAGCCUGGCGCAGAGGUGCCGGCAGCGGUAGGGGCAGAUGUAUGAGGGAGGCUUGCUGGUACUGACCACAGCACGCGUCGCAAUGGGCGCAGCACAAUGUCGACUUGCAUGCACGCUGUACGUGUAUCA